AUGUCCUGCAACCGAAUCGCAAACGUUGAUGGAAAUGAUGAGACGCAUCAUAACUGCAUGAUGUGCUCAAAACCUGACGACGAGCAGACCAUGGUGGCCUGUGAUGUGUGUUCCAGGUGGGGCCAUUUUUCGUGUGUCGGAGUGGAUUCGUCAAUCAAAGAUCAUCCAUGGACAUGCGCGGAUUGUAGCGCUGCAGCUAAAAAAGGAACGUCAUCUCGUUCAAGCAAGUCCGGGAUGUCAUCAGCUUCACGACUCACUCUUCGGAUGAGAAAGUUGGACGAGGAAAAGGACGUGCAAAUGCAAAUUCUGGACGAAAAGGAAAAAGUGCAGCUAAAUAACGUCGCCAAAAAAUACGCUUUGCUGGCACAAGAAGCUUUAGCUGAAGACGGCGAUGUGAGUGUUCGGAGUAGGAGAAGUUUGAAAAGCACCGACAGUAAGGUACAGCAGUGGUUAUACCAAAAUCCGGUUCUGCAGAUGGGUACGGCAGUGGCAGAAACAACCCAAGCACCAUCUGGCAUCAAUGCAGGUAUUGGUAAACAAGCUGGGACCCAGCUGCCAGCAGUCACUUCAACGAACAACGCCGUCUACACUGGAGCAAUGAAGAAGAAUAGGCCAGGUAUGUUGCCGACGACGCAAGUGAACCCCGGUAGUGCCGAAGCUUUGCAGUUCCCUGCAUAUUUACAGUUUUUGCCACCAAAUUCUUUUGUCCCACAAAUGACAUCCACACUCCACCAACCAAUUGUAACGGGAAACAAUUACCCGGCUUUUCCCAUGGUGUCAUAUUGUACGGGAGCUCCGAUAGUUUCGAGUUUGCCAACCAUUGGGACCAAAGUCAAACAACCGAACAUUCCCGCCGGCUACAAUCAACAAUGGGAACCAGUGCCCCCGCCAGUGAAUGCCGUGCCAUUCCCUGUUGCCCAUCCGAUUACGUCGAUGGCUCACAAUCAACCGAUGGAAUAUCAACCGAGAUAUCAGCAUCCGACGAAUUACGACCAAGGAGCAAGAGAACACGACGGGAACUGGAAUCGAUUCCAACGUCAGCUAGCGGCCAGGCAAGUGGGCUAUAAGGAGUUACCAGUUUUCAAUGGCAAUCCCGAGGAUUGGUCACAGUUUAUUUCCAGCUAUCGGAACUCAACCAGUGUUUGUGGCUUUUCGGAUUCGGAGAAUCUGCUGCGAUUGCAGAAGUCGCUCAAGGGAAGCGCACUCGACGCGGUUCGGAGUAAUUUAUACGAACCUGCGUCGGUUCCACUGGUGAUGUCAAUGUUGGAGAAUUUAUUUGGAAACCCGGAACGACUAGUACAAGCUUUGCUGCAGAAAGUCAGAAGCACGCCCGCACCUAAACCCGACCGGCUUGAGACACUCAUCAAUUUUGGUGUUGCGGUUCAGAACCUGGUGGGCCAUAUGAGGUCUGCGAAUCUACGGUCACAUCUGACCAACCCCAGCCUGAUGCACGAGCUUGUGCAAAAACUUCCAGCAAAUUAUCGUCUUGACUGGUCUUUGCACAUGAGAAGAAUGGACAAAGUGGACUUGGAAGUUUUUUGCGACUACAUUUCGGUUCUUGUCUCAGCUGCCAACGAUGUUACGUUCACGUAUGAAGCUCCAUCGAAUAGAUCAACGAAACCGGAAAAGAAAGAUCGAGACACGGCCUUCAUUCACACUCAUGUUCAACCACAGGAGGCACGUAGUGAUCGUUUCACCAAAAAGGAACAACCUCGGCUGCAGAACGAAUCAAAACCGUGUUUUGUCUGCCGUAGUACUACGCAUCGAAUUCGAGACUGCCUGGACUAUAAAUCGUUAACAGUCCCCGAUCGUUGGAAGCUAGUGUCUGAGCACAAGUUGUGCCACAAGUGCCUGAUUCCACAUGGGAAGUGGAUUUGCAAAUCGAAGCGCAGGUGUGAGAUCGCUGGUUGCGAUCAGGAACACCAUACCCUACUACACCCAGGUCAACCGAAGGAGAGCUCUUCAGCGACGAUUGCAUUUCAUCAGCAGAUGAAAUCGGCUACAUUAUUUCGAAUUGUGCCGGUUAUUUUGUACAACGGAACAGCCAAACUGCAUACAUUCGCCUUCCUCGACGAUGGUUCGUCGACAACGCUUUUGGAACAAUCCGUGGCGGAUCAGCUGGGUGUUAAUGGUGUUCACCUUCCGCUCUGUAUGAUCUGGACAGCGAACGUGACUCGACGUGAAAACAGCUCAAAAAAGGUGAAUCUCGAGAUUUCUGGAUUGCGCAGUGAAAAGCGUGUACCACUUCAAGGCGUACGCACGGUUGAAAAACUCGACCUUCCGGUGCAAUCGCUUUGCUAUGAUUAUUUGGCUCGACGAUAUCCCUAUUUGGGAAAACUGCCAGUGGACAGUUACCAGGACGCAAUCCCGAAAAUAUUGAUUGGACUGGACAAUUUCAAGGCUGCAGUUCCAGUAAACAGACGUGAAGGUCAAGCACACGAGCCGGUGGCGUUGAAAUCCAGAAUAGGAUGGACGAUUUGUGGCAACUGUCCAGAGGAUAAAAAUCAGCCCAAUUUGCACGAUCUCGUGAAAGGAUUUUUCGCUGUUGAACGCCUGGGCAUCUCGGCGACCCCAGUCGCGCAAUCAGGAAACGAUCGACGGGCGGUGGAUAUUUUGAACAGAACCACUCGUUUUCGUGAAGACGGGCAUUACGAAACGGGCCUACUCUGGCGCUACGAUAAGUUUAGCUUUCCCCCGAGCCGUAGUAUGGCAGAAAGGCGGAAUCAAUGCCUACAGCGAAAAUUGGGUAAGGAUCCCGAGUUACGUGUGAAGGUGAAUAAGCAGAUACAAGACUACCUGGCCAAAGGGUACGCUCAUAAAGCUAGCGAACAGGAGUUAAAUGAGUCAGACCCCUACAGAACAUGGUAUCUUCCGAUUAGCGUGGUCACCAACCCAAAGAAGCCUGGGAAACUACGCAUCGUCUGGGAUGCGGCAGCGAAAUCCGGAAACGUUUGUCUGAAUGAUAUGCUCCUGAAAGGUCCGGACAUGUUAACUGCGUUGCCGACUGUUUUGUACCGUUUCCGGCAAAGACAAGUGUGCGUUACUGGGGACAUUCGAGAAAUGUACCACCAGGUGAAAAUUCGACGGGAAGAUCAGCAAGCGCAGAGAUUUUUGUGGUCCGAGGAACCGAAUUCGCAACCGGAAGUGUACGUGAUGGACGUGGCCACGUUCGGUGCUACGUGCUCACCCUGCUCGGCACAGCACAUAAAGAAUUGGAACGCUAAACGAUGGGAGGAGCAGUAUCCAGAAGCAGUCGAGGCCAUAAUCGAGGGCCACUAUGUGGACGACUAUGCGGAUAGCAGGGACACCCUGGAAGAAGUCGUUGAACUUACCCAAACGGUUCGUAUGAUACACUCGUCAGCAGGUAUGGAGUUAAGGAAUUUUCUAUCGAAUUCGAGUCAAGUUCUCUCUCAACUCGGACAAGAAUGUGUUACGGAACCGAAGCAAUUUAGCGACAAUACAGUGUACCAAAGCGAACGCGUACUUGGUAUGACUUGGUACCCAGACAGCGAUCAGUUCGGCUACAGAGUUCUGCUACGGGAUGAUUUGCAACAAUUGAUUGCCGGAAAAUUAAUUCUUUCGAAAAGAAUGAUAUUGAAAUUCGUCAUGAGUCUGUUUGACCCUUUAGGCUUACUUGCGCAUUUGUUGAUACAGGCCAAGGUGUUGAUCCAAACGUUGUGGAGAAACUCUGUGGGCUGGGAUGAUCCAGUUCCACCGGAGAUCGAAUCACUAUGGACGAGAUGGUUAGAUGUGUUCCGAGAGAUGGAUGUAGAGAGAAUCCCACGUUGCUACUUUCCCCAUUAUGCGAAAGAUAGUUAUCAAACGUUGCAAAUGCACGUAUUUGUUGAUGCAGGAGAGAACGCAUAUUCAGCUGUGGCAUACUUCCGGAUAGUUGACUGUGGACAGCCUCGAUGUAUUUUAGUGUCUUCCAAAGCCAGAGUGGCUCCAUUGAAGCCGUUAUCAAUGCCCCGCUUAGAGCUAGAAGCAGCAGUAAUCGGUAGCCGAAUGUCAAAAUCAAUUGCCCAAGGACACUCUAUUCCAAUCAAGAAAAAGUUCUUCUGGAGCGAUUCCAGCACGGUAUUGUCAUGGAUCAAGUCGGAUGCCAUGAAGUACCGGCCGUACGUGGCGUUUCGAGUGGGUGAAAUCCAAGAACUGACCAACGUUGAUGAGUGGCGCUGGGUCCCUACCAAAGAAAACGUAGCGGACGAGGCGACAAAAUCGGAAUGGCCACAGAAGGUGGUUAAGCCAGUUGAGAUCGUCGAGGAACUGCGACCGAUACAUGUGCAUCGAGAAGUGAAGGACCAGCUGUACGAUUUAGGAAAGUUUUCCAAGUGGGAACGUCUUUUGCGAACCGUGUCGUUCAUGUUCAGUUGGAGGAAUCACGUUAGAAAAACUGGCCAGGUGAAAAAAGCAACUACGGUAGGCGAACUGAGACAGAUUGACUUCGAGUACGCUGAAAGAGCUCUAUGGCGUCUUGCUCAAAGUGAGGCGUACCCGGAUGAAAUCAUCAUAUUGGAAAAACUCAAGUCGGAUCCCAAAAACUUAAGCUGCAAACUGGAGAAAACCAGUCCUCUUCGUAAGCUGUCGCCGUUUGUAGACGAAACGGGAAUUAUAAGAAUGCAGAGCAGAACCGAGUAUUCGCCGUUUGCUGCGUAUGAUGCCAAGUACCCUAUCAUUUUGCCCAAAGGUCAUCGUGUGACGGAGUUGCUAGUAGAUUGGUAUCACAGAAAAUAUGCGCAUAGUUACGGUGAGACCGUUGUGAACGAGUUGCGGCAAAAGUUCUACAUUUCCGAACUCAGAGCCGUUGUACGUCGGGUGGCGAAAGGAUGCUGUUGGUGUAAGGUGUACAAGGCAAAACCGGAGGCGCCACGAAUGGCGCCUCUUCCGGAAGAACGAGUGACACCGGGAGGAAGGCCGUUUUCCGUAGUAGGCAUCGAUUACUUCGGUCCAUAUUCGAUCAAGAUUGGGCGAUCCAACGUCAAGAGGUGGGUGGCCUUAUUCACCUGCCUGGUGGUGAGAGCGGUGCACCUGGAAGCGGUCACGUCAUUGUCAACUGAAGCCUGUAAGCUUGCUAUACGCCGAUUCAUCGCACGCCGUGGACCCCCACUGAAGGUGUUCAGUGACAAUGGCACGAACUUUGUCGGCGCGAGUCGCGAGCUCCGGAACGAAAUAAAGAUGCUGAAUGAAGGGUUAGCUUCGACGUUCACGAACGCGGAAACCGAAUGGCUCUUCAAUCCCCCUUCCUCUCCGCACAUGGGCGGUGCGUGGGAGAGGAUGGUGCGCACGGUGAAGGUGGCAAUGAAUGCUUUACAUGAAUCUCGUUCUCCGACAGACGAAGUCUUUGUCACUGUUCUUUGUGAAGCGGAAUCCAUCGUCAACUCCAGGCCGUUGACACACCUCCCCUUGGAAACAGCUGACCAGGAAUCUUUGACACUCAACCAUUUUUUGCUGCUUAAUUCCCAUGGUGCUAAACAACCAGAAAAGCGUCCAACCAGCGAACGAGAAGCAUUGACCAGCGGGUGGAAUCAGUGUCAGAAGCUGCUAGAUACGUUCUGGCAAAGAUGGGUGAAAGAAUAUCUCCCAACACUCAAUCGAAGGACGAAAUGGUACGAUGACGUGAAGCCUAUAGUAAUCGGUGACCUGGUAUUCAUAGCUGAUGAUGGUAUUCGUAACCGUUGGAUCCGUGGCAAGGUUGUACGUACAGUUCCAGGGAAAGAUGGAAGAACGCGUCAGGCCUAUGUUCAAACUGGAAACAUGGGAAUCAUGAAAAGACCGGUGGCGAAGCUGGCAAUCGUGGACGUGAGAGAAUCGGGUAAAGCUGCUGAUCCGGAGCAUCUUUACGGGGCGGAGGAUGUUGCCACGGAUUUAAUCAUCGAUAAAGUGUUAGAAGCUAAGCGUGUAGGAGGUAAAAAGAGAGAAGAAUAA